CUGUACAUUCCGAAAUACCAACUUCCGGUGAUGUGGAGUGGCUCUGGAUUUUCCUUCAACGAUACCAAAACGCCAAAGAUAUUCAGGAAGUUGCCACAAUGACGGGCAUGCGACAGACUCCUCUUACUUGCAGUGGCCACACACGGCCUGUUACAGACCUUGCUUUCAGUGAAUCAACCCAUUUUGGUUAUUUUCUCGUCAGUGCAUGUAAAGAUGGCAAGCCAAUGCUUCGUCAGGGUGACACUGGAGAUUGGAUUGGAACAUUUGAAGGCCAUAAAGGAGCUGUAUGGGGAGCCACACUUAACGCAGAAGCCACAAAAGUGGCUACUGGAGCAGCCGAUUUCUCUGCGAAACUUUGGGAUGCCCUCAGUGGAGAAGAGCUGCACACCUUUACCCACAAACAUAUUGUCAAGAGCGUGGACUUUUCCACAGACAGUAACCUACUACUAACUGGCAGUAAUGAGAAAAUGCUGCGAAUAUUUGAUCUUCAGAGACCAGAAGCUGAUCCCAAAACUUGUUUGAGUGGUCACACUUCCAAUAUAAGAACAGCCAUAUUUACCAAAUGUAACACUCAGGUCAUCAGCGCCUCAGACGACAAAACUGUCAGAUUGUGGGAUGCCUCGAGUGGUGAAGAGGUUAAAAAGCUGGAGUUCGCUGCCAUCCCCAGCAGCCUGGAACUGUCAACUGACCAAAUGCUGCUCCUCAUCACCCACGGCAACUUCACCAGCUUCUACAACGCAGAAACGUUAGAGAAAAUCAAAGAGUUUGAAGCUCCAACUCAGAUCAAUUCUGCCUCACUUAACAUGUCUAGGAAGGUGUUUGUAGCGGGUGGAGAGGACUUCAAGAUGUACAAGUUUGACUAUGAGACAGGAGAGGAGCUUGAAUCAUUCAAAGGACAUUUUGGACCAGUGCAUUGUGUACGAUUCUCUCCGGACGGCGAGCUGUAUGCAAGUGGGAGCGAAGACGGAACUUUACGACUGUGGCAGACAACAGUUGGAAAGACUUACGGCCUGUGGAAAUGUGUCUUGCCUGAUGAGGCAAUAAAUAAUACAGACUCUACACCGACAAAGGCUGAGGCUUAACGACUCAUUCCCUAACACAGUGUAAACCAUGUAUUGGUUUGGCUGAAAAGAGCUGCAAAGCCAUAGACAUCAGUCUGUGCGUCUUCACCUGCCUGUGGAUUAGUAACACGCAAUCACAACCUGCCUCUCUUUUUGUGCACUACGGCCUGUAACAUGUGAUUUUGUCAGUUAAGAACAGUCACACAUGAUGUCAUUCCAUCAGCGCUGCCAAUUAUGUCUGUAGAAAUUCAUUUUAUAAAAUUCUUGAUCAUCAAUAUUUUAUAUUUUUGACCAGAUAAUUUUAUUCAAGUCAUAGCAAUUUUGCCCAAUGGUGUCUUGCUGAGUCUGUUAAUGUUGGUAAUUGACCUGAGGAAUCAUCUGGUGUAAUACAUAUGCAUCAGAUAUCAAUAGGAACUGCUAGUCUUGAACACAGGAAACAAUUUCUACCUGGAGAAUUUUAGUACAAAUACAUGUAUGUUUUUCCUGAUAUGAUUUGCAAAUAAUUUGUUACCUAGUAAAUAUAACUCAGAAGUUUGCAGUGUUAGAUUACCAACCUUGCAGGGCAGUGUAUUGAAAUUUGAGUCGCAUACAAUGUGGUAGUAUGGUAAAGUUUUAACAUAUUUGACAUUGAGGGGAAUUGCACCAAUUGGUUGCCAUGGCAUCAAAUUAAAAAUCUAUGUUUGUGUAAUGAAACUGUCUCUUAAAUGUGAUGUAGGACAAUUUUACUGAAAGGAUCGUACAAAAAAAAGUAUGGUAACUACACAGAGAAUAAUUAUUUAGCAUUAUUUUCAUGGUGUGAAGUUUGGGACACGAAUAAAAUGAUGAGAUUUAUUUACAAAA